GAAUGUGGCAUAAACAUUUUCUGAAUUGAUGAUUUGUUAGUUUGUCGGCAAAAUAAAAAUAUGAAACGGAAAAUCGACUGUGUGUCUAACUUCAACUACAAAAGGCGUCUACCAGCAUUGGGCUUUCGCCAUGUUCAAUCUAAUGGACGAAUUUCAAAUUUUAACAACGGAAAUAAAACAAAUAAUAAAGUACAUGAUAUUGAUAAAAUUUGCAAUGACAAUAAUUCUACAAAUGUACAGACAGAUGAUAAGUAUUCCACAAUAUGCAUGUUGGAUAGUGACAGUAGCGAUGAUUUGAACGUGCGCUCCGUGAAAAGCAAGAAAAAUUACAAAAAUUUGCCUCUUGGGGGAAACUGUGGUAAAGAUAAAGAUGUCCAUGGUGAUAGUGUUAGGACGGUGAGCUCGAAGAUGGGUAAACUCAGAAAGAUGUUUGAUGAGGAUAGGAGAUUGAAAAGCAGAGGAAAAAAUGAAUGUGGUGAACCAUUGUUGGUGGUUGUACGAAGUGGUAAUCCUGGCAAGAAAAAGGAUUGGGACAGAGUUGCGUUAUUGGACAAUGGUGACAUGAAAGAAGAAUUAGAGAAUGGUUGGAGAAUGGAGACAGGGUGGAAAUGA